GGGAGAAGUAAUCUCGCGCCAGGCCUGAAAAGCAAUUUCAAUUCAGUAUAGAUGACCAUGCAGCCUGGAAUUCAAGUGUGGUUUGGAGAAGAUUUGCCUCUGAGUCCACGGAGUCCUCUGACCCCCAGACAUGGACCAGGUUUGGCUAAUGUUUGUCAGUAUGAUGAGUGGAUAGCUGUGAGGCACGAAGCCUCUUUGUUGCCUAUGCAAGAGGAUCUGUCAAUCUGGUUAUCUGGUUUAUUAGGUAUUGAAGUUAAGGCAGAAAGAUUGUUGGAAGAACUUGAUAAUGGAGUAUUAUUAUGCCAACUGAUUGCUGUUCUUCAAAAUUUGGUGAAAACAUGCAACUCUGAAGAACCAAGGAAUUUUCCAAUGAGAAAAGUGCCUUGUAAGAAAGAUGCUCCAUCAGGUUCGUUCUUUGCCAGAGACAAUACUGCAAACUUCCUUCACUGGUGUAGGCACAUUGGGGUUGAUGAGACUUACCUCUUUGAAUCUGAAGGUUUAGUUUUGCACAAAGAUCCAAGACAGGUGUAUCUUUGUCUUCUUGAAAUUGGUCGAAUUGUGUCAAGAUAUGGGGUUGAGCCACCAGUAUUGGUAAAACUUGAGAAAGAAAUUGAACUGGAAGAGACCUUGCUUAAUACAUCUGGACCUGAAGAUUCCAUCAGCAUUCCAAAAUCGUGCUGUCAGCAUGAAGGGCUACAUGAAGCUGUUAAACAUAUUGCUGAAGAUCCUCCUUGUAGUUGUUCCCAUCGAUUUUCUAUUGAGUACUUAUCUGAAGGACGGUAUCGACUAGGGGAUAAAAUUCUCUUUAUAAGAAUGCUUCAUGGAAAACAUGUCAUGGUCCGUGUUGGUGGAGGCUGGGAUACUCUUCAAGGCUUUCUACUUAAAUAUGACCCCUGUCGGAUAUUACAGUUUGCUACCCUAGAACAAAAAAUUUUAGCAUUCCAAAAAGGAGUUUCUAGUGAAAGUGUACCUGAUUCACCUGCCAGAACACAGCCUCCUGAAAUGAAUCCUUUGUCAGCAGUUAAUAUGUUUCAGAAACAAAAUUCAAAGCCUGGCACACCAGUUAGCAUUCCAAGGAGUAGAGAAAAGCAGGUACAUCCUCCGGGUGUGUUGCUACCAGCAUCGUCCCUGAAAGGAGGGAAUGCAGAUUCCAUUUCGGCCCGUUCUAAAUUGCCAAAUUCUCCAGCAGCAUCUUCUCAUCUCAAUCUCAAAUCUUCAAAAGGUGUAGCAAAGAAACCACAGACUCCUUCAAACAACGUGUCAUCUUCAGUUGCUUCAUUAUACCCUGGGGGUAAAAACAUUUCUUCAACUUCAUCAAGAACUGGGCCUUGUGUAUCUGCGUCAUUGAGAAAAGGUAUUUCAUCACCCAGUACUCCUAAGGCCAAGCUUGUUCCUGCACAGAAUUCAGGAGAUGUACCCCAUUCUACACUUUUGCCAAGUAAGUGUUCUGGAAAAACUGCACCAAAGCAUUUGAAACACAAUCAUAUUUCACGCAGGGAUAAUGUAGAGUCUCAGUCUCCAACACAUUUAAAUUCAUCAUCAAAGUGUUCAAACCUGCCCAAAGCAAAUGUACACAUAAGGCCGAAAGCUUCUCCUUUCAAGUCCCCUGCAAAAAUGACAAAAGCCAGUUCCAAAAGCACAGUCACAGAUCUAGUAACACAGUCUCAGCCACCAGAUGGAGCCUCACAAGCUGGGGCAAACCAAGCACAGAAACUGAAAUCACCCUUGAAUUCAAGCCAGCCAGUUUCUGUAUCCUCAGUCUCUCCUGCAAAAGCUGCACAGGAAUCAAAAGAUAAGAAUAUGGUUUCAGUUGCCAAAAAGCCGCCUCAGAACAAAAGUACACACCAGCAGACAGGACCCACCUCCUCAAAGUCUUCUGGCCGCACCCCACUGUCCAUCGUGCGUCUCCCCCAGUCUUCUGCCAAAACACAAACUGUACCAAAGUCAGCACAGACUGCCACCAAGGCCCAGCAUUCCCCUAAAGGGACUCCCCAAAGUGGCAAACCCCCAGCUUCACCCAGAAAACCACCCUCCUCUGGUAGUGGAGAUAAAAAACCUCCUUCAAAGAAGAAGGAAGAUGAUGACCAUUAUUUUGUUAUGACAGGAAGUAAGAAACCUAGAAAAUAAAUACAAGUGUGUCAUUUUAAGAAAG